AUGUCUACCAAGGUGUUUUGCUUACUCCUGCUCGUCGCCGUAGCGGCAGUGCAAGGUUACGGGCAUGCCUUCUCAUCGAAUCAUAUCUCACGUCACGACGGACAUCACCAGAUUGUGCAUGGACACGACCAUGGACAUCAUGAUUACUAUACUCAUCCUAAAUACGAAUUCGAGUAUAAGGUGGAGGAUGGUCACACUGGCGAUAUCAAGUCGCAGCACGAGCACCGCGAUGGGGACGUUGUGAAGGGAGGCUACUCUCUGCAUCAACCCGACGGCUCUCACAGACAUGUACACUACCAUGCAGAUGAUCAUACCGGAUUUCAUGCGGACGUGAAAUACAGUACCCAUCAUAUUGUGCCCCAUCAUCAGUAG